UGGGUCCCUCAAAGGCCCUGACCCGAGGGUUCCACCCUGUCCCCGCGCCCGCAGCCAUCUCGAGGUCCGCUGUAGUUCCUGUCCUGUACGCGCCGCCAUGCCCAAGUGCCCCAAGUGCGAGAAGGAGGUGUACUUUGCGGAACGGGUGACCUCGAUGGGCAAGGACUGGCAUCGAUCCUGUCUAAAGUGUGAAAAGUGUGGAAAGACGCUGACCUCUGGGGGUCACUCUGAGCAUGAAGGCAAGCCUUACUGCAACCACCCCUGCUACUCUGCCAUGUUUGGCCCCAAAGGCUUUGGGCGGGGUGGUGCUGAGAGUCACACCUUCAAGUAGACCCAGGUUUCAGAGAUCCCAUCCUUGACCACCUGCUGGGCCACUGGCCAUCCAGGCACAUACCAGGCCUUAUAUCCAGAGAUCCAGGGCUCCCAGCAGCCCCUCAUGUCCCCAAUAAAGCUGAACACUUGGAA